CCACUCCUCAUCGUCUAUCAAACACAACCGCCAAAAUGACGAAGCGCACAAAGAAGGUCGGCAUCACCGGAAAGUACGGUACCCGUUACGGUGCCUCUCUCCGUAAGCAGGUCAAGAAGAUGGAGAUCACACAACACGCCCGUUACGUCUGCCAGUUCUGCGGAAAGAACUCUGUCAAGCGCGAGUCCGUUGGUAUCUGGCACUGCCGAUCAUGCCGCAAGACCACUGCCGGAGGAGCCUACACCGUCUCUACUCCCGCUGCCGCUGCCACAAGGUCAACGAUCCGCCGUCUCCGAGAGAUUGCUGAGGUUUAAGGGAACACUGGGCACUGGGGUGGAGUUCUUCAAGCGUUUUCUCUGCAUCGGCAAUCAUGGUCCGAUGACAUUGCUCCAAUGCAGCAUUCGGAUGCCGGUCUCAUAACGAUCAUGGGUUUAUCAGGAAUUCAUACAAAACAAUGGCACCUUCAUGACCAAGCAGACCACUGCACGACAAGGAAAAAAGCAGUAAUUGUACCGACAAUGCUCAUUGCUUGCUUGGUGCUGCCUGAUCCCAAUAUGAUACAAGAAAAUUGAGGUUCUUCUUCGUUUGCACAUGCCAAGCAUCGGUCAACGUCGUUAAUAACAUGUAGUGAGGAAAUGUUCGCUAACCGUCUGAGGAGUGCUCUUAGCCGGCCAUACUCGAAAUCUUAGGUCGCUCGGCAGAGAUUAUGUUAACAACCGUCGAAAUAAUUCUAGAACUUUAACUUGGCUAGGGGACUCAUCAGCAC